GAAGUUUCACCACAUCCGGUGACGCCGAAUUACGCACAGCCACUAUGAAUGUGAGAGUGGCGCUUCUCCCUGCAGCUUUACUGGUGUUGGCACCGAACUCAUAUCGGUCUCUCGCGUGUUACAUUUCACUCCCGGGCAGUUUGCCCGCACGAUUAACAUGUCAAGACAAGGCUUGUUUUACAUCCGGAUGGGGAGAGAAAAGGACAGUUAGAGAUGUGCGGCAUCAGCGCUCACAUUACACUGUGUAAACCUCCUCAGCGUGAGAUUAAACGACACUUUCAGUGACUUAGUGCACCUGCUCUUAUUUGCGGCUCUUAUUUGAACGUUUCAUCCAGUGAACGUCGGCAGCGAACGGAGGGAGGCGGGUCUUCACGGAUGAUCACCGAUCAGCUGAGGCGGGCUCGUCACACGCUCACGCUCGUAUCAUAUUUAGCGUUAUUCCCGUUUAUGUCGGAGCGAUGUUUCACUGUCGGAGGAGCGUUUCUGCAGCGUCUUUAUUCCUGCAGCGUCUCAACUUCACCGGACCGCUGCAAGAAGUCAACGCGAGCCGCUCAUUGCGUAACUCCCGCGCGGCGUGCUGCAGCCGUGUUUACCGACGAUUAACUGCAAGCAAACCUGUCCUAUCCCGUUCCUGUUUACACGAGACUCCGUUCGGGUCGUCGUCUGAUCUCGUUACACACGCGCGAAUGGCCGCGGCGUUUGCUUUGAACGCUGCGGCGCCGCGGCGGGAAUACAGCGACGCGAGGAACCGCGAUAGAAACGUGCUCAAACUCAGUGAACUUGAAUCGUUCCCAUCUGUUCGUUCUUCGGCUCCUGUCACGAUCCAAACGAGACAAUCGUCCACGACGCCCGAGAAGACGCGAGAUGAAAGCGCCGCUAAUAUUCAAACGCAGGAUCAGGUGUCGUCCGUGUCCGGCGCUGAAGGUCAGAGGUCAGAUGAGAAGCCCAGUAAGACGCAGCAGCUCAGGAAGGUGUUUAAGGAGUACGGCGCCGUCGGCGUCUCCUUCCACAUCGGAAUCUCACUCAUUUCUCUAGGAAUGUUCUACCUCGCCGUAUCCAGUGGGUUGGACAUGGCGGCUCUGCUGUGUAAGCUGGGCUUCAGUGAGUCUGUGGUUCAGUCCAGGAUGGCGGCGGGCACCAGCACGUUUGUUUUAGCGUACGCCGUCCACAAGCUCUUCGCUCCGGUGCGGAUCAGCAUCACGCUGGUGUCCGUGCCGCUGAUCGUCAGACACCUCAGGAAGACGGGACUCUUCAGAGCCGGCCCGUCCGGCCCGUGAGCUCCGACGACACGUUCAUAAGCUUCUCCAAAGCGCUUCAUUCAUACUCGACUACGACACUAAUUUACUGCGGUGUGCAAUGUGACCGUGAUGCUUUGGGUGGAAUGGUGUAGAGACGAAUCGAGUGCCUCUCGCAACGCGACCGCUGAUUCGAGUCAUUUUCUGAUCAGGACUUUCAUGAAUGUUCUUCAGUUUUAAGCUCUACAGUCCUUAUGUGAUGUUUGAUGACAUUUACUGAUUUUAUCAGCUGUGAUUUUUCUAAGUUUAUUAGUUAAUAAAGGACUGUGAUGUGUUGGUUUGUCUUAUUGUAAGACAGUUGAAUUCAUUUAGUUCACACUAAUGUUAAUCACCUCUAUCAAACAGGCUUUUUAGGAGAUUUCAGGACUUUUGUGACUGUUAAUUAUAUUGAAAUUUUCAUUGUAUAAUAUUGGAAAUCUUAAUAUUGUAAAGACAAUGUUAUAUUUGGCUGUUUAAUUAUAUAAUAAAAUAUAUGCCUUAUAAGGA